UUUUACACGAGGGUACCAGCAUACCCCAGACUUCCAGAGUCAUCUCUCACCCAAAGGGUGUUUCCGUGAUUUUCAAAUUAUCUAAUGGCGUUAUCCGACGCGGUUCUCGAAAACCUCGCGACGAUUUACGUGGCCGUGAUCAUCGUCAUCAAACUGUACGGGUUGGUCUCUGGAACGAGCUUCAGCGCUGGAUUCAUCUUCGUCGUUUCGGUUACGGCCGUCGGAGUUUUGUUUGGGGUUGCGCUUGCCUGGGAUGUGACUCGCAGAGCUGCGGAUGCGGAUGCGGUUUCCCGGUACCAUCGCGUUAGUGUUGAGGAUCUUAGCCACCGUCACAGUCACGACGGUGGUGGAAUUUGUAAAGGAGGGAUUUGCUGGCACUGGGUUGCAGUUCGGUCUCCGGCUUCUCAGGUUCGGUUUAGGCUUCCCCAACACAUUCCUUAUGGCGCUUUUUGAAUGUUUCCCCUUUUUUUGUUAGUUCUGUGUCAUUAUAUAUAUUAUUGUAUUGAUAUGUUGUGAAAUGUUAUAGUGAUGAUGAUAAAUGUUCUUGUUUUGUAAUGAAAAGUGAUUUUGAAUAUAAC